CUUAGUGAACACAAAGCUGAAAGUACAAGUAGGACAGAAAGUGAAACUGGGCGCAGCCCCCAGUAUAAGACCCCCCUACCCAGGAGAUGGCUGCACACAGAGGCUGGGCCCUGACAUGGGCCAGGUGACAGGAGACCUUGGCUGGCGGCUCAGCCUGUUGCUGCUACCCUUGCUUCUGGUACAAGCUGGUUCCUGGGGGUUCCCAACAGACCCCCUGAGCCUUCAAGAGCUGCGCAGGGAAUUCACAGUCAGCCUGUACCUUGCCAGGAAGCUGCUCUCUGAGGUUCAGGGCUAUGUCCACAGCUUUGUGAGUCUCCUUAGCGCAAUUGGGUCUGGAGGUGAGGACACCCCCAAGUCCCACUGGCCCUCACUAACAGAAUUUAACCCUCAGGCUGAAUCUCGAUUGCCAGGAGUGAACCUGGACCUCCUGCCCCUGGGAUACCAUCUUCCCAAUGUUUCCCUGACUUUCCAGGCAUGGCAUCACCUCUCUGACUCUGAGAGACUCUGCUUCCUCGCUACCACACUUCGGCCCUUCCCUGCCAUGCUGGGAGGGCUGGGGACCCAGGGGACCUGGACCAGCUCAGAGAGGGAGCAGCUGUGGGCCAUGAGGCUGGAUCUCCGGGACCUGCACAGGCACCUCCGCUUUCAGGUGCUGGCUGCAGGAUUCAAAUGUUCAAAGGAGGAGGAGGACAAGGAGGAAGAGGAAGAGGAGGAAGAAGAAGAAAAGAAGCUGCCCCUAGGGGCUCUGGGUGGCCCCAAUCAGGUGUCAUCCCAAGUGUCCUGGCCCCAGCUGCUCUAUACCUACCAGCUCCUUCACUCCCUGGAGCUUGUCCUGUCUCGGGCUGUUCGGGACCUGCUGCUGCUGUCCCUGCCCAGGCGCCCAGGCUCAGCCUGGGAUUCCUAACACCUAGCUUCAAGCCCUAUGGAGUGACCUUCCAGCUCCCUCCCUCGCCCGUUAAGACUCUAAGGCUGGAGUCUGGCCAAUCACAGGACAGGCUCUAGCUCGUUUGCCUUAGACCAGGCAGGGCUUCACUAGCUCCCAGCCCUGACCCAAUAAUUUAAAAGCCCUCCAGUCCUUACCAGAUAUUUAUUUCUUGGAUAUUUAUUUAUUUUUAAGAAAUGGUUUAUUUAUUGUUUCACUCUUGAGUUAGGCCACCAUGCUGGGUGCCUAAUAAAGCCAUCCAGCCCGG